GGUGACGUCUGUAGCUGUGCGACCCGGGGGGCUCUGGUUCGGCUCAGUGAGGGCUGCAGGGUUAGACACAUCUCACCAACAUGACUGACAUGGCUGACAAUCACCAGGAGGCUUGGGAGGUGUUGGUUAAUGCUGCAGAAAAAUACCGCAGACUGACUGGAAAUGAUAUAGUGCUAAUAACUGCUUACAAACCCAAACUGCUUUCCUCCUUCGAAUAUUCUAUUCACGGGAGUGGGAUGCUCUUGGAGGCCACUCAACGCUACCUUGAUGACAUUUCUGUAGUGCACAAAACCACUGCCUUUACCAGCCCUAUGCCCAUCUACACAACAAAUGAGACCUCAUCGGGCAGACAGAACUCAUACUCAAAGAGCUACCCUUCUAUUUACGGCCGAGAAGGGUUUUCUUCAGUUGAGGACAAUGACAAGCCCAUUCCCAUAAUCCAAAACCAAAUGCCAGACAUUAUGUCCAAACUAGAGGCCCAAGAAGAUGAAGAGGACUAUGACUACAACAAGCAUUUGGAAAAGGCUGGGGAACAUAUUCCUAGUGACUCGACAGGUCUCUUUGUGAUGGAUGAGGACUCCAACAGCCAAGACUGUGAACCUUUUUUUGAAUCUGACCAAGAAGAAAGUACUGAUGAUGGCAGUCUUACUGAUGAUGUACCCGGGCACCCCCCACCCCAGCGCAACUAUCAGCAGUAUGCAAAGUCUCUUCCUGUCACUGUGCCUGUCUGGGGCUUUAAGGAGAAGAGGCAGCAAACUAAAGUCUCUGAUGAUGAGACCAGCAAGUUUCCAUCUCCUGACCUGGACAGAAUCGCAGCCAGUAUGCGUGCCCUGACCAUUGACCACUCACAGCCAUUUGGUGACCUACCGCGCCCACGACUAAACACUGGUGACUUCCAGACAAAGUACAGGAAGUACUGAGCUGCCGGCCGCCCUGCAGGAACACUGGUCUGAACACUACAACAUUUCUCCCUUGCCUCAAUCAGCAAAAGAAGCUACACAUAUCCAACUGCCCACUUACUGUUAGAUGGGCCGCAGACCCACUGCUUCCAACUCAUGUGGUAACUUCAUCCACCCUUUUUUCUUUUUAAAUGUCUUUUUUUAAUUGUACCCCAUCUUGUGCCAGUAUGAGGCACAGCAAAACCUUGACUGAUGGCGUUUCCCCAUUUGACUUGCAUUAAACAAAUGAUUGACACCCCCCAUUUAUUUUAACUGCCCCCUCAAUAAAAAGAGGAACAUA